CCAUCUGCCCUGUUGUGAGAGAGGAGGAGGCAGCGGAGGCAGUCAGUAUAAACAAAACCACGGUCGGGGAAAGAACGUCGCGAGUGGCCCGUCAGACUUGUACAAAUCGUAUCUGUGAUAAUCGGCGCCGAGCCUCGAUCUCCCAUGAAAGUACAUAUCUGAGGCUCUCCGAGUGCCAUGCGAGUGUCCACACGCCCCCUCGCGCCACAUUCAAGAUAAUAUUGCCAAAGAUUUUAUCGAUUCACCUUCCUCUAUGCCUCCUCCUCCACCUGCAUCGAGGACCUUCGUCGCCAGCAACUCCUCCCCAAUUUCCUCUCUUUGUUAACCAUGGACACCAAAAACGGCAAGAUGCAGUAAGCCAAGUUGGACAGGUGGUGCAGCUGGUUAGUGUGGGUUGUGUGUAUCGAUAGCUGGUACUUAGGAGAUGGCUUGUGCUCAGCUUCCUGCUGCUGGUGCUGUCUCUGGCGCUGCCAUGGCAGCAGCUGACAGCAGCCACGAUCUGCUGACGCCGUUGCUUGAGGCCCUCCUCCUCGAGCCUAAAUACCAGCCUUCCUUGGCACUUCCCCACGCUGCCAAGCAGGAUGGUGGUGAAAUCAGCAUGAGGAUGCGUAAUGGGUCAGCUCAUGUUUUGCGCUGCUUGAAGGUGUGGUAUGAUCUUCCUCCCGACACUUUCUUCAACGCUGUCAACAUCAUGGAUCGGUUCCUCACACGAAUGAAAGCACAGCCAAAGCAUUUGUCUUGCAUUGCUGUGAGUGCCUUCCAUCUGUCCUGCCAGUAUACACCAGGAUACAACCACUUGCGGGAUGUACCUCAGGUGGUACCAGAUAGCAGAGACUUGACCACCAUCUCUCAGUGCAAGUGCUCGUCAGGUGAUGUGACCCGCAUGGAACGCAUCAUUAUGGACAAGCUGGCCACCGAUUUGCGCUGCCAGCCACCUGUGACGCCCCUCACUUUUCUCCGCCUCCUUUUUGCUGCUCACGCUCACUUAGCUGCCCCACACUUAGACGACCAAACAUCUCAAACACUUCCCCCUUCCCUUACCACACUGAUCCAUAAGCUGGAAAUUGUGGAGUGUGAUGGCGCAGCUGCUACGUUCAGGCCGUCGGAACUGGCGCUUGCUCUUUUGGCUUUGGAGCUGAGGCAAGACAUAGUCAACAGGCAACUUCACCUUGCAUGUGUCGACCACCUGAAAACUAUAUGUAAGGUAGGGGAUGAAAGCUUUGGUCGAUGUCAAAAAGUAGUUGCAGAACUUAUGGACCAGUAUGAGAACCAGAGACACUCCCCUCACCGCCAGCGUCUCGUGUGGAAGCUUUCCAACAGAACUCUACGACAGCUGAGACCCACCGAUAAGUUUACUACUCGGCUGCCAACCAUCGUUGAAAUGCAAGGUCCAGUGCAUCCUCCUAUCAUAAGGCCAAGAACGGAUAGCGAGAGCUCUGAGAUGUACGUGUCGUCAUCUGAGGAAGAGAUGGACUAUGAUUAUGAUGAAGAGUUUCCACCGUUGCCAACUCCUGCGACGUCAUUGAAGUCUCCAAGGAAGUCCCUCAGCCAGAGCCCCCACAAGAAAAUUCCCUCAUUCCUUCCCUACCCCCAAGCUAACAGAAAACAUAACCGUAUGGCAUAAUUUCUGUUCAUGUGUAUUGUACCCUGAAAAGAACAAGCAAAGAGAUGUAAAAUUCUUUAUUCCAAAUAGUGUGCUUGUUUGAUGUUCAGGAAUAUAUAAAAAUGAUUAUCUUCCGUUCCUAUACGUGCAGUUUUAAGUGUUCUAUGCUGUCCUGACAGGAAAGUUUAUCAUUAUGUGAGGAGUCUUGACAGACCAGUGGCGCGUUCAUAGUUUGUAAAAUGAACGUGGUAUCGUUGUUGUUUUUAAUUGAUGUUAAUGACAAAAAAAAAGCUACUUGUCUGCACAAAGCUUUCUAUAAUGAAUCACUGCAACAGUUUUAUUGUGAACAACAAUGAUUUUUAUUUUUAUUUUUUUUGUAUUAUUAUUAGUUGUGCUAUACAGAUCUCUUCAGUAUGUCUGUCUGUCUGUCUGUUAGAUAGUCUGGUUCUGUUGAACACUUGAGUUUUUUGUUUUGAAGGAAUAUGAAAGUUGAGGUGGAUUAUACUAAUUUCAAAUUUAUUUUAGUCUCGUUAAAGUGUCAUUAUGGGAACAGCCAUCAUAAUUGUUGGGCAGUUGAAUCGACCGACCCAAUGUUUGUCACUACUGUAUGAUUAUUUUUCGUGUUCUUUAGCUUCUUCAUAUUUGCUAUAGAAAAUUUUAACUGUCUAUUGAUAAUGAUCUUUAGUGAGAAAAAAAGAAAAAAGCUUACAAAAAUAAUACUACUUUAUUGGAUGUAUGUGUUAGUCUACUUGUAGCUUUACUCAGCAUCUCCUUCAAGAAAAGUACAAAAAAAACAUAAAAUUACAAAAUAAUUACUAACAAGUAGGGUUAUACUGUAAUAGCCUUUCUUUCCAUUAUUCACUAAUCUCUUUGGGUAGCCUAUAAUAGCCUGGCCAUAAAGCAGAAAUGAAGUUGGCAAUUCUUUCCUGGCUGAAUACGGAUGGGACAGGUUUAUCAAUCGUUUGCUGAAGCUACACUAGUCCCUAGUCAGUAUUGUUCUGUGCUGUGAACAGUUCUCCCCUUGCAGUGUUGUUCAGGUAUUAUGUUGAAAUAUCUUGACACCAACUACCAAUCCUCAGUUGGUUGAAGCUGAACAGCAUUAGACGUGUCCUUCACUGGAUGCAAGGCUGUGAUAACCCUCAGACAUGGAGUCUGUUCUAUAGAUGCUGGGGAUGACAAGCUCCGCCUUCUGUGACCCUCACACAAUCAGUUUCUAACUGUAUCAUGGGAGUACUUAGGGUUUAGGUUUUGCCUGAGGUUGCCUGCUGUGAGAAAGGUCUUCGAGGAAGUUGACCCGAGGUGAAUUCUCUGUCGGGAACAGAAGGCUCUGACCCUAUUGAUGCUACAGUUGGUGGUGGUUGCUAUCCCUUUGGGGAGUCUGAUUCACGUAUUAAGGCACAGUAGUAGAUACAGGGUGGUUUUGAUGGUUUUUUUCCGAGCGAUGGACACCCUUCGGGGCGACGAGUCGCGGAGAUAACCCAUCCCUACCUUCUCUAACCAACCAGCAUAAAUGCUGUUGAUUUUACAAAAGUAGAUUAUUUGUAUUAGUUUUGGGGAAGUUUGUUAGCAGUUUGUGCAGCAGAACGUGCCCCCUACUGCUAUUAAAUAGUGUACCUGCCAAUUUGUAGAGUUCAGAAAGUAUAUCGGUGCUGGGCUCGGGAAAAGAUGAGCCUUAGUGCAGGUUUUUUCUGUGAAUUUAUUUAUUAUUUAUACAUUUAAAUGUAUGUGCACAUCUGAUGCAAAGCUUACUUUAGUCCACAAGAAGGUAUUUAUUAUGUUUGAUUUGAUAAGGGAGUGUACUAUUAAAGGUAUUUGAAAAAUUACAGCCAGCAGCAAAUGCAUUUCAAGUAAGAGAAAAAAAAAAAGAAAAAAAAAAAGUCACCUUAUAAAGAAUGUUGUCCUUAAAGGGCAAUGCUUAGCUCUGGUAUGUCUUAACCAGCAGGGUUUUGUUGUAAUAUCUUCAGCCAAACCAAAGUGAUGUUCCCUAGUCCCAACAAAAUGGAUCCUCAUGUUUGAUGUAAAUUGUCCAUGUAAAUUGCUGCUGUGUAGCUGAAUGAAACCAAAAAUGUUCUGUUUCUGUGCUUUUAGCUGUUGUAGGUAAGACUUUUAAUUUUGCAAUAUCAAGAAGUCUUUUGAGGGAAGUCUUGUACAAAAUCACAUGGAAUAGUUGAAAGGCUGUGUGAGUAGGCAGGAUAUGUUGGGUCUUGUGAGAUGAAAAUGGUUUUGGCUUGUUUGCUUAUUGGAUAUAUGUACAGAAUAUUAAGUUAUUUUUAAAGAUCUAUCAAAGCUUCGGGCAUUUGACAACAACCCAAAGAGCAAGAAGUGUAGUAAAUUCUCGUCAUACACAGUUGUCUAGCCUCCACAACAAAAAAUGAAGUAAAUGAUUACAUAUUUUUUUAAACAA